AUGUCAGUACUUUUAGUGCGUGCGGCCGGCCCAGACAAGUUAUACUUCAUCGACACCCGGUUCGAUACUGAGACUGCAAAGUACGUGAAGGAACAAGUCGAGAAGGCAACUGUGCCGAACCCCGAGGAGUACAUCGCCAUAGACGAGGUUUCGGUUACGGCGGAAUUGCAAAACUCCGUAACUGGCGAAACGACAUUCGUGUUUGACCGCCCCUAUGCUAGGGCGCUGUUUUCAAAGGGCACAAACAGGCGCAACCCGGAGCUCAAACUGCCUGAGCAUGAGCCCGCUGGCGAUUGA